CAAAAUCGCAAUAUGAAAUUUCAACUGUUGCUCCUUUUGCUGAGCGUAGAAAUUUUGCAAUUAUGUUAUAGUCUUUCUGUAAAAAGAAAUUUAGUAGAAAAAACCGAAAAGAAAAAUCUGGAAGACUUUAUAAACAGAGAUCACAUAAGAAGAAAACGUUAUCUAGGGCUCAGCAGAAAAUUCAAAUUAAACAAACGCUAUGAAGAAUGCAUUGGACCAGGAGACGUAAAAGGACAUUGCAAACACAUAGAUUACUGCCCCACAUCCAUUUUUCAGCAAAUCAACACACUGGUUUAUUUAUGCGUGAUAGAGGAUAGGUUCGUUGGCGUUUGCUGUCCCGAUGACAUAGUUGCAACAGGAGUCGCAGGAUCCCAGCUCAUAGUAGAUUUACCAGCUGGAGGCAACGACUAUGACGAGCGCGACAAAUAUACAGGAUGCGGUCUUUCGAGUGAAAGAUCCUCGACGGAGACGAAGCAAGCCAGCAUACAAGAAUGGCCUUGGAUAGCAGCGCUGUACAGGCAUCCGCAGCUGCAGCAAGGAUUGGAGCAGCAAUUCUGCGGAGGCGCCCUCAUAACAGAGAGCCACAUUCUAACCGCCUCGCAUUGCACUCAAGGAUUGAGCGCCAAGGACAUCCGCGUCCGCCUGGGCGAAUACGACUUCGACAGAUCGAACGAGUCGCGUUCGAGGGACUUCGAAGUGGCCGAAAUUAUAGAACACGAGGGUUUCGUUCUGGCCACGUACGAAAAUGACAUAGCCAUUGUCAAGCUGAAAACGCCGACGAGCUUCAAUUCGUACAUGUGGCCGAUCUGCCUGCCGCCGCGCGACAGGGACUACGUUAACGAGACUGUCGUUGUGGCCGGAUGGGGACAGCAGUAUUUCGCCGGACCGACUAGCCCCGUCCUGCUGCAGGUCGCCAUUCCCGUGUGGCCUUUGGACCGAUGCAUCAAUUCCUUCUUGCAGAGAGUCACCGACGACAACAUCUGCGCGGCUGCCUACGAAGGCGGAAAGGACUCUUGUCUGGGCGAUUCCGGAGGACCGUUAAUGUACCGGCUAGAAAAUGGCAGAUGGAUAACAGUCGGAAUUGUAUCAUGGGGAAUUGGAUGCGGAAAUAAAAACAGCCCCGGGAUCUACACAAGAGUCGGUAACUAUUUACCCUGGAUAAUAAAACACACCAUGGUAAAAAAACCCUAAACAUAAUGUCUUGUCGAAUGUAGUUAGUACUUAAGCGGAUUAAUAAAGUUGAAGCAAAUUU